AUGGAUUAUUUUCAGCCUCAUGUGAGCCGGCGUAUAGAUCGCCUCCAACUCGAUGAGAUCAAGUCUUAUCCUCCAUCCUGUGAUGACGACUACAUAGCCAACCAGAUCAUCAGAAAACUAGUCCAAUUUGCCAUUCUCUCACAUAGAUGGUCUCGCGACGAACUCUCAUACAAGGACCUCCGGAAACAACGUGGUCUUAAAGGCGCUGGGUGGACCAAACUGGUCAGCUUCUGCCUCGAGGCAGUGCUCCACGGAAUGCAAUUUGCGUGGAUCGACACGUGCUGCAUUGACAAAUCCAGCAGCGCAGAGCUCGACGAGUCUAUUCGGUCCAUGUUCAAAUGGUAUAGAAACUCGACCCUCUGCAUUAUUUACCUCGAACAGACUAUGUCAUUAGCGGACAUGGCUGGAGAUGAGUGGUUCCGAAGAGGUUGGACUCUACAGGAGCUUUUAGCUCCGGAACGAGUCCUGUUUUAUAAUAAGGAGUGGGACCGUCUCACUCCAUCUUUGGUAGCGGAUGAUAAGGAUCCAUCUCCACUCAGCGAAGUCUUUGAUAUAGUAUCAGAAGCGACGGGAAUACCUGUACAAGAGCUGGUGAAGUUCGAACCAUCUCCCCGGGAAGUCGACCAGCGUAUGACGUGGGCGGCAAAGCGGGAGGUCACAAGGCAGGAGGAUGCAGCAUACUCACUCAUGGGAAUUUUCGACGUCUCGAUAUCAACGGCAUACGGAGAGGGUCUUGAUCGGGCAUUCUGCCGUCUCGUCGAAGCCAUCAUGCUAUCUGGAAGCGACUCUUCUGUUCUCAACUGGGGC